AUGCCCGAAAAGGCUUCGGGAAGCGAUGGGUCUCAGAGACCUCUUAAGAGAAUUCGAGUCUCCAUGGACGAAGCAAAGGAGGAAAGCCUAUCCGGUGAAACGGUUGCGGUCGUCGUCGGGCCUCAGAAGGAGGUUUUUCACGUUCAUGAAACCCUGCUUCGGCAAUCCUGUCCAUUCUUCGAUAAGGCCAUGGGCCCACAGUGGAAGGAAUCUAAGGAGAGAAAGAUCACUAUGCCGGAUGACGAGGCCGAGGUGAUGAAGAUAUACGUGUACUGGCUGUACUGUGGCGCUCUCCUCAUGUACCCUCCCAAAUCACAGGAAUCGGCCGAGCGCGAGGAUCUGAGCUACGUGAAGGCGUGGAUUCUCGGUGAUAAGCUUCUGGACUUAGAAUUCCAGAAUGCAGUCAUCGAUGGCAUCUUCGAGAGGUAUCAUACGGAGCCUCGGGAUGGGAAGCGUUGGAAUGUUUGGCCCGGCGCCGUUGACUACGCGUUUGACAAGACUUACAAAGGAGCACCACUUCGUCGCCUUUUCGUGGAUAUGUACUGUCUGUGGUCUAAAAAGGACAUCCUUGCAAGCUGGGGGCGGGAGGAAGAUAUUCCUCAUGCUUUCCUUGUUGAGGCUGUCCGAACGCUGGCCAAGCGACCUUUUUCAUGCGCAAACCUCCUCCCUUGGAACUAUUACAUGUAUGACUAG